AUGGCUGCCAACACUGACUCCCCAAGCGUCGAGGGCUCCGUCACCGCUGUUGACUACUUGUCCUCGCAACUGAGCUUGGAAAGAGAGGCAAGAGACCUCAUGCCAUACGAUCCAAAGGUGUGCAGUUACACGAUGGGGCCUACUAGACAACAGGUUUACGCGUGUUUAACGUGCUUGGAGAAAACAGGCAUCCCCUCUGGUGUCUGCUACUCGUGCUCCAUUCAGUGUCACUCGGAUCAUAAUCUGGUUGAACUGUUCACCAAGAGAUACUUCACCUGUGACUGUGGAACCACCAGGACUAAAUGGUGCUGUUCAUUGAGAGACGGUGUUGAUGACGAUAUUCCGGAGAGUCUGAACAGGUAUAACCAUAACUUCAGGGGCAAGUUUUGUCACUGUGCAAGGGACUAUAACCCUGUGGAGGAGACCGGUAAUAUGCUACAAUGUAUUCUAGGGGAUACAUGUGAUGAGGAUUGGUUCCAUGAUUAUUGUAUCAUGGGACUGCCAAAAUUUGAUCCUCCGUCUCCUGUGGAGGACGACAAACAAGGUGUCAAUGUACUGGAUACAUUGGGCGAGCCAGGACUCGAUGCCGAAACAAUGAAUGACAACGGAAAUGAAGACAAAGAACAGGUGAUUGACGGGUUCCCAAGAUUUGAAGAUUUUGACUGUUAUGUAUGCUGGCAAUGCGUUUCAAAUCAUCGUGAUUUCUUCGAUAAGAUUAAAGAUAAUACAGACAUCGUGGCAGAUACGCUACAGAGGAUUGAAGCACCAACCAUUUCUGAACGUAACGAUAAGAUCAGAGAACAAGGCUCAUUUCUGAACACGCUGAAGAAACGGAAGAUGGACUACGAGUAUUCCGUUUUCCUUAAAUCCCAGCAUGAAUCCCAUUUUAAAGCGUUAUACGAUCAAUAUCAGGACGAUAACACAAUUCACAGCUUUCUGGAUGAAUUCCCGUUCUUGAUGAAGGAUGAUCCCGUAUAUGAGCCACCACAGGACGAUGACGAUGGUGGUUCUUCUGUGUAUGAUCUAGGAACAAAGGCGAUCAACUCGCUUCCAAGGGAAAAGGCAAUUGAAGGUGUCCAAGUCUUUGAGGAUAUCAAAACCAAACUAAAGGACUUCCUAACUCCUUUUGCACAGGAUGGAGUUCUUUGA